GAAAAUUAACUUUAAAUAGAAUAUAUUUAAUUAGCCCUUAUCUAGGAUUAUGAUCUUUGUACUUUCGACAAUAUAAAAGAAGUUGUCGAGUCACCAUUUCGACUAUAAUUUCGUUGAUCGAAUGCCACUUGAAACAUGUUUCGUUUAUCAACAAGCAUAUAUAGCAAAAAACUGGUUAAUCAUGAAGGAACGCGAUUUUCAUUACAUAUCACAAGGAGCACUCUAACAUCAAAUAUAUCAGAUGAUUAUCAAUACAUACAGUUGAGUAAAGUUCCUACUAUGCAUUUUCAACCAUCUUUACCUCGUUUACCAAUUCCUAAACUUGAAAGUUCAUGUCAAAAAUAUUUAAUUGCACAACAACCUCUUAUAACGCAAGAAAAAUUAUGUCAUGUUGAGUGUUUGAUUACAAAUUUUCUUAAAGAAGAUGGACCUAAAUUACAAAAAGAACUUAUUCAAAAGGAUGCUAAGAAUCGACAUACAAGUUAUAUAAACGAACCUUGGUUUGAUAUGUAUUUAAGAGAUCGUAAGCCCUUACCUAUUAAUUACAAUCCUUUAUUAAUAUUUAAACCAGAAACUGAUAUACGAUACAAUGAUCAGUUGAUAAAAUCUACUAAUCUUGUUAUAUCUUCAUUAAGAUUUAUGAAAUCUUUAAGAAGAGAAAUUUUAGAACCAGAAGUAUAUCACAUGAAUCCAGAAAAAUCAGAUACUAAACUUUUUAGAAAAGUUACAGGAUUACUUCCAUCUAGUAUAAGUUGGUAUGGUGCUUAUCUAUUUAAGGCUUUUCCAUUGGAUAUGUCACAAUAUCCCCAUCUCUUCAAUACAAGUAGGAUACCACAACUAGGAAAAGAUGAAAUUUAUCAUGAUGACACAGGACGUCACAUAGUUGUUAUGCGUAAAGGUCAUUUCUAUACGUUUGAUGUUUUGGAUGAGAAUAACUAUAUUCGACAACCUAGUGAAAUAGCUGCUUCUUUAAAAUUAAUUUUGGAAGAUAACAGGCCACUUAAUGAAUAUCCUAUUGCCAUUUUAACAACAUUAGAACGCAAUAAAUGGGCAUCUGCAAGAUUACAUUUAAUGAAUAUAGGAAAUGAAAAUAUUUUAAAAAAAAUAGAUUCAGCUGCAUUUAUUUUGGUAUUGGAUGAUGAUCAUAUUGGUGAAGAUCACAACAAAUUACAAAAAUCAUAUCUACAUGGUGAUGGAACAAAUCGUUGGUUUGAUAAGUCUUUUUGUUUAAUUGUUACAAAAGAUGGAUAUGCUGGUUUGAAUUUUGAACAUUCUUGGGGAGAUGGAGUAGCAGUUCUUAGAUUUUUCAAUGAUGUAAAAGCAGAUAUAUCAAAGAAACCAAGAUUUCACCCUGAAGAUGUAAAAGCUCUCUGUAGUAGAGAUUUCCUAAAAGUUGAAAAACUAGAAUUUAUAUUAGAUUCAAAGAUUAAGGAUAUUAUUAAUGAAGAACAAAAAAAUUAUAAUACAUGGAUACAACAAUUGCUUAUUGAUUAUGUCAUAUAUGAAGGAUUUGGUAAAAAGGAAUGUAAAAAAAUAGGAAUUAGUCCAGAUGCAAUAAUGCAAUUGGCAUUUCAAUUAGCAUUAUAUGAACAAGAAGGUCAAAUGGUACCGACCUAUGAAUCUUGCAGUACGGCAGCUUUUAAACGUGGGCGCACUGAAACUAUUAGAUCAUGUACAUUGCAAACUAAAGCUGCUUGUGUAGCUUUGACACAGAAGAAAUCGGAUAUUUCUACAACAGAAUUGAAAAAAUUGAUUUUUGAUUGUAGUAAUGUACAUGGUAUACUUAUAAAAGAAGCUGCCAUGGGACAAGCAUUUGAUAGACAUUUAUUUGCUUUAAAAUCGAUAUGUGAAGAAUUAGGCAUACGUAAGCCUGCUAUAUUUGAAGAUCCGUCAUAUGAUUCUUUAAAUUGUAAUGUAUUGUCUACUUCUACCUUAUCAAGUCCUGCAAUACUUUCCGGCGGUUUUGGACCUGUUAUAAAUAAUGGAUAUGGAAUUGGGUAUUCUGUACAAGAUCAUAAGCUGGAAACUAUAGUUAGUAGUUAUCAAGGUAGUCGUAAUGCUAACAAUUAUGUGAAAUGCUUAGAGAAAGCAUUAAAAACAAUUCACACAGUAUUAUUAAGUAAAUAAUAUGAAAUUCCAAAACAUAUGCAAAAGUUAUAUGUAAAUUAUAAAUAUUAGUGCC